UGGCUUCGAGGGUUUAGUGUUUUUUGCACCACAUAAACGUAAAGCGAUUUUGCUACAGUGUUUAUGUCAUAUCAUGCUGUAGUAGAGGUCCAAUGCAGAGCACUAGAGGUGAGGGUGGUGAGGGAGCAGGGGAGGAGGAGGUGAGGCCGGAAAACUCGAGGCAAACUGAAGAGGUGAGCGAGCUGCAGGAUGGAGGCGAGGAAGGAGCAGAGGACCGUGGGGCCCCAGCCGCUACACAGAGUGUCUCACAGAAUCAGUCAGGACCAGAGCCUGAUGACACGACCCCCCAGCGUCAGCCUGUCCACACUGGGUUGGAUGACUUCCCUGCAGCCACAAAUUCAGUGCAAGAAAAUGUUGCCCAGUUGCCGUUGACACUUCACCCCUCACACCUUAACACAUCAGAAGACAUGGAGGAUCAAGAGCCGCCGCAAGAGGAGGAGGAGGAAGGGGAAGUGGAGGAUGAAGAGGAGGAGGAAGAAGAGUUCAUCGUUCUUGACUCUGAACAUCCGCUGGUCAGAAGGCAACAAGUUGCUCUGAACAGACAGCUCAGUAAUCAGCUGGAGAGGAUCGACCUGGGACUGAAGGAGAAGCUGGCAAAUGAGAAGGAAGAUGAUAAGCACCUUCAGGCGUUGGGAGUUGGGAUGUACGGGGUGCAGGAGCAGCUGGCCCGGCUGCAGACCAGGCUGGAUGAGCGUCAGCACACCAAGGCCGAGGCGGAGGCCAAACGUCAGCAGGCCAGGCAUCAGCUGGAGGAGAUCAAGAGACAGUAUUCCAAUAUCACCGGCCAAGACAGAAAGGACAAAGCCAACGCGUCCCAGUUACAGGCGGAGAUAGACAACCUCUUGCAGCAUCUGGUCUUCACACAAGGAGUCAGCGAAGAUCUGAGCUCCAAUGUCAAAGCCCUGAAGAACGCCAGACGCAAAGCAGGAGCUGAGAAGAACCAGGCCGAAGAGCAGAAGUUCCAGCAGGAUUUGUAUGUGGAGCGUCUUACAAAGGACAAGGAGAGGCUGACGGAGCAGAUAGCCAUGUAUGAAGCCCAGGCCAAAGCUCAGGCAGAGGAGACGCAUGCAGCCAAAGAGGCUCUCUCUGAGGCCGAGAUGGAAAUGGAGUCUCUGGUGUUGGCGCGGAACCAGCUGCUGCAGCAGUGGAGCGGCAGCCUGGUGGGCAUGAGGAGACGAGACGAGGCCUUCAGCGCCAUGCAGGAUGCUGUGCGCACCGUCGAGCACCAGGUGAUCUUGCUGGACAGAGAGAUUGAAGGCUACAAGAGAUCCACCAAUGAAGAGCAGGAGGAGAAUGAGAAGCUAACUAUGCAGCUGAACUGGUCCCAUAUGGACGGGGCCACCUCCAGAAAGCUGAUCAUUCAGAAGCAGGCCCAGGGAGAGGCUCUGCAGGCGCACUACAGCUCCUGCCUGCGCACUCUGAGGGAAACGGAGCGCACCCUCGCCAGGCUCUCUAAGGAAACAAGUGCCCACCACGCUGAAGUGAUCGAUCAGAGGAGGCAGUUGCAGAAAGAGAGUGCUGUGCGUCUGGAGAUUGAGGACAAGAUCAUGACCCACAUCCAGCAGAAGCUCACCCACAACAAGGCUGCCAAGUACUCCCAACGGCUCACCAGCAGGAUAGCCACGCUCAAGAGGGAGAAGAGCUUUCGGUUGUGGCAGCUGGAGAAUGAUGUAGUGGCGGUGGGACAGGAGAUCAGCAAAGCCAGCCAACAUCUGGAGAGCCUGGGCCUCACCAUGGAGGCUUUAGACGAGAAGAUCGCUAGGUCCAACAAGUUACUGACGACCAUCCAGGCUAAGAUGUCCUCCUUUGUGACACUCAUCGCGCAAAAGCAGGCCAGCAUCGCCACCUGCAACAAAAAGAUCUAUGAAAUUGCAGCCAAAACUGGGCAUGAAGACCUGAGUCCUCUGCAAAUCAAGGUAGAGGCAAUAAGGGCUCAGAUGGAGGAGCUGGCGGGGAGAAUCAAGAGUGACCAGCAGCUCUGGAUGAUGCGUCAGGGGACUCUGGUGGCAAUGACCCACGAGAUAGAAGCCAACAGCAAGGAGAUGCUGAAACUGCAGACAGAAUACACUGCCAUGCAGCAGAAGAAAAUACGCCUGGAGGGUCAGAUUGAAGCGGAGCACCAUGAGGAGACGGAGCUGGAGAAGAAUGCCAAGAUGUUGAGAGGAGACCUGCUGAAGCUCAACACCCUGCUGAGCAAGAACUCACAGCUGAGCCAGGCGCUGGAGCAGGAGAACGCUCUGAGGGAGACAGACUUCCUGCACAGACUUAAGGAGGCAGAACGGGAGUCUAUCCAGAUGCAGAUCAAACACGAAAGGAUCCAGGAGGAGAAGGAGAGAAUCCUAAACAGUCUGGUGGAGGCUGAGCGACAGAUAAUGCUGUGGGAGAAGAAGAUCCAGCUUGUGAAAGAGACCCGUUCAGCUGUGGACUCGGAGGUGGGCCAGGGAGACAUCCAGAUAAUGAAGGCCGAGGUACACCGUAUGGAGUGUAAAACUUGGAUGCAACAUAACCUCCUCAAACUGAACAGCAACAAAACAGAACUCCUCCUAAUCGGCUCCAAAUCCACCCUCAGCAAGGUCACUAAUGGCGCAUUACUACUGCAGGGCAUCGCACGGCUUAGUACG